AUGUGCACCGGAUCGGUCCGGCUCCGAUUCCGUCUUCCGGCCUCUCUGCGGACCUCCAAGAUGACUCGAACCAGCUGCUUAGAUUCCACAGCGAACUCCGUCCUGAGAGGAACCACAGCCGAAGGCUCGCGCGCAGGUCUCCUGCCCGGGUCCGAGCGCACGGGAAGCGCUUGUCUGGGUCUAAACGGAGGCGAACCAAGUCAGCAGCGUAGUGGCUCCUGCUGCCAUGCUCUCUCACGGACUAACCCCCCCAUACGGUGUCAGCCGCGGCACGCUGGAGAAAAUGUCCUCGUGGACAGCUGCGUUCCCGGAAACUUGAAUCUGCAGGUGGGGAGCAGAGGGAACUACAGCUGCAGACGAUUCUCUAAUCAGGAAGGCGGGUUUAAAAGAAGGACGGAGACACCCAUUUUGCCGGAUGAUUGUACCAGUUCAGGAUCACCUCGUCAUCUCCUCACCCUCACUGUCUUCACUUCUGGAUCAUUCAACACGUCUCGUCCUCCUCCGUCGUUCCUGCUCGGAUUUCCCUCUGCUGCCUCACUCCGAAAUCUCUCACCCUCUGCUCAGCGUCCUUCCUGGCUUCCCUUCCACUCAUCAUUCUACCUGAACCCCUCAAAGACUCGAGCCGUCUUGGCUCCUCAGCACAGGACUUCCCUGUUGCAGUUUUCAGUUACCGUUUAUAAUGAAGACAUUUUUACUUUACUACUUUGGACUUGUGUGAUGAUUCUGCAUGUCUUGGGUUAGGCACUUACCUCGAGCCCAUGACAAUUUCACCAGCUUUCGAAAACUGCGUGUCACCAGCGUGCCUUCAGCAGAGACAAGAGAACAGAUCACGUCAAAACUCAAAGGACUGAAGAAGUUU